AUGCCAAAUCUGCAGUUGGAAAUACAGGGCAAAGGGUCCCUCCCAUCAGGAGAAGGAGCUGGCAAGGCCUGUGGAGGCUGCCGGAACCUCAGGCCCAUGGGCAGACUCCAGUCCCCACAGCAUGUGAGCAGAAACCCAGUCUUAGGGACCAGGCCAGUGUUUCUCAUCCACAGCUAUGUGGGAGAAAUCAGUGACAAAGGAUGGUGUAUUCAUUCACCUUGUCCUGUCCCCCAGCAGUCAUCUCUAAAUGAUUCCACUUCCUCUGUUCAAGUCUGGGGAACCUAUCUCCCCCUGCCCAUGUACAUCCAAGGGGGCAGAGGACAGUGCCCUGGCAGUCUAGUUUGGCCCCCAAAAGGGACAAGCCUCCGACCCCUCCUGCUGCCGCGCGCCCCGCCCCUCGCGGGCCCGCACCUGCUCCGCCAGAGGGCACCCUGGGACCGCCGCCCGGCGUCCUCGCCCCAGCAGCUAGAUCUCCUGCAGGGGAGAGUCGUCCUCCCACCGCCGCGGACCCACCAGCGGGAAGGCGGGACACCCGUGCACAGCGAAGCAGGCUCUGUACACAGUGGUCAUUGGCGCACCACACCUCACCCCGCCCGCAGAUUCAAUCUUGUUUCCAAAUUGAUGAAUACAAUGGCUGCUGGCCCAAAGACCCCUUCCCACCAUCAGCAAAGUCGGCAUUUCUGGAGUUUGCCCCCCAGGUAUGCCAUCCAGGAAGACCACGAGCAUAACGGGGUGAUUGUAGGCAAGACCGAAGAUGUCAGCCCUUGCCAAAGGAAGGUUAUGGAGAGUGGUGGGGUUGUGUACAUGAAUGACCUCCCAGUCUACACUCAGAAAAGGAUCGUCCACCAUUCUGCCCUGUCUGGGUUUUCAUCUGCUGCUCUGGACCUUCUUGCUGUGGUUCAGGCAGAGGCUGUGAUGACAUCAGGAAGAUUGGCCAGAAUGAUCCUAUCAAAAAGUAAGCUCUGCAUGGGAAACAUGGUGGCCAAGACAAAAGUUGUCUUUCGGAAGAAAAAUGGGAUAUUCUGAAACAAAAUAUCCAUGUGAAUGACUUUCCAAGGGCAAAAAUAUAAAGAACCUCUUCACCAGCAUCAGAAUAUUUAUUGGGCAGGAGUCGACAAUGUUAUAAGCAUCUUGGGAGCUUAAAACUGAAGACAUCAUCAACAAGCUUGACCAACAUAAAUAAGCAUGUGUCUCCAAACAAACAAAAAUACAUAACAGUGAAAUUCUGAAAUCCACAUUGAAGCAAGAGGAAAAACCCAUUCACGUUUCUAUAAAAAAUGGUAACAUUUUCUGUAACAUCUCCUGGAAAGUGCAAGCCCCAAACUGGGACUUGGGUCUCCCAGCAAAGCGCAAGGGCAACGCAGAGGCUGCAGGGAGGCGCCCCAGCAAGGACCCUGGCAGCCCCUGUCCUGGCGGGAAGCGCCGUGGAGGCCUCGGCAGCAAGAGGGGAAGCAAACACACUUGGAAGAAAGCAAAACCCAACACAGAUGGUCUUGGGCGAUACGAGCAGUGGUACCAGAGCCCCGAUAGCGGCGGUGCAGCCUCAGCGACAUUAUGCACGGAGCCAAAGGAGCAAAAACCCUAAGGGACAGAGAGAGAGGAGGAAGAGGAAAUUCCCUGGCAUCUUCACAAAGGCAAGGGACUAACGUUGGUAGUAAUCAUGCCACCAAAUUCAAGGACUGAACUUCAGAUAUCUAUUUGGAAUAUGCUAAAGAGACACAAUGAUCUGAAUCUGUGACUGAUCAUCCGCUGGAUGUGUUUUAAUAGGAUCAUACAUACUAAAGUGCAUUGUACACAGCAACAUGGCAACUGAAAAUAAUUACUUAUACUAUUGCUAUUGAUGAUAUAAUAGUGAUCACAAAUAUUAUUAGUAAAUAAAUGGGUGAUUUAAAAAACUCCAUACCAAAGAGGCUUUUGUUAUUUUGCCAUUAUUAAUUCAAUAUGUAAUUUAAAUGGCCCUAUUUUCUAUCUUUUUGUUUCUGUGGAUAGUCACCAUAUAGUAAGGUUCUUACCUUGCCAGAAUGACCAACUGGUUGUUAUCUAAUAAAUCUGAGCUCAAGGAUGUUGUUAA